AUGAAGACCAAUGCCGAGCAUGUCGACUUGAUCAUCAACGGCGACCCAGUAUCGUCCGAUGACCAGCGUCCUGUCAUAGAUCCCGCGACAAAUCGACGCCUGUGGACCUACUCAAGUGCCACCACUACUCAUGCCGUGCAAGCUGUGGAGUCGGCCAGCAUCGCCCUGCAGUCAUGGUCUGCUGUCAAUGUGCGAAAACGGGCAGAGAUCCUUCAGCGCGCUGCCGACUUAAUGCUGCAACAUCAAGAAGAACUUAAGCAGACCAUGAUGUCCGAAGUCGGUGCAGAUGAUGCCUUUGUGGACUUCAACAUCCAUGCGACUGUAAAGCAGCUGCGCGACCUUGCUGGACGGGCAGUUACUAUCCAGGGGAAAUCGCCCUCAGUCGAAGAUGACGGUAGGAGUGCUCUGGUUCUGAAGGCUCCCUAUGGAGUAGUCCUCGGCAUCGCACCGUGGAACGCCCCAUACAUCCUCGGAACGCGAUCUUUCGCAGCGGCGCUGGUGAUGGGUAACACAGCGGUUGUGAAGGGAUCGGAGAUGUCUCCGAAGUCCUUCAAAUUGAUCGUUGAUAUCUUCUACGAGGCCGGCCUCCCGCCUGGGUGCUUGAACCUCAUAUUUGUUGCACCCGAGCAUGCUUCUGCAGUGACGACGGCGCUCAUAAAACACUCAGCCAUAGCAAAGAUAAGCUUCACCGGCAGUACAGCCAUAGGUCGAGUCAUUGCACGCAUGGCUGCCGAGUGCCUGAAGCCUGUACUCCUCGAACUUGGAGGCAAAGCUUCCGCAAUUGUUUUUCAAGAUGCAGAUCUUGCGAAGGCGGCCAAAGAGAUCUUGAUUGGGGGCCUGUUGCACUCAGGUCAGGUAUGUAUGGCAACCGAACGCGUUCUCGUCGAAGCCUCGAUCGCGUCAAAGUUCACGCAAGUGCUGCAGGACACCUUUGCGGCACUGAAGGCUGAUCGCAACCUUGCAUGGAUUGGCAAUCCCAUCCUGAUCUCGAACGCUGCAUCUCAGAAGACCCGGUCGCUCGUCUCUGACGCGCUGCGUAAGGGUGCAACAAGUCUACUACAGCAGGCAAUUGACAAGAGCACAAAUGAAGAGCACUCACCUCUUCAGCCUGCAAUCUUGGGCAAUGUUAAAGACGAUAUGGACAUUUACUACCAAGAAUCGUUCGGGCCCAUUCUGACUGUGCAUACGUUCGCGUCGGAAGCAGAAGCGUUACGCAUAGCAAAUGACACAGAGUACGGUCUGGUGGGAGCAAUCUUUACCAAUGAUUUGCGGAAAGCGCUUCGAAUUGCGAAGGGCUAUCGCACGGGCGCGGUGCACAUCAACUCGAUGUCCAUUCAUGAUGAGGCGAGCCUGCCGCAUGGCGGCACAAAAGCCAGCGGCUACGGCAGGUUUAACGCUGAUGAAGGCUUGAUGGAAUGGGUACAGACCAAAGUCAUCACAUGGGAUAAUUGA